AGCAAGCCAGCCUUGGCAUUCCGCUCACGAGCUCUCCGCCUCGCCCCUCUUCUUCUCUCUCCUCCACCACCCUCACGCCAAUUUCGAAACAGCGCGAGAGCAGCCAAAAGCCGAGGGAGCCUUCCGGUCUCAGAUUAGAACCCAGGGAGGCGGAGGCGGGAGCUUUGGAGCGCGAAUUGGGCGUCGAUCCGGCGCGGCGGCCGGGGAUGGCGGCCGCGGAGCAGCUCAAGGAGCUGGGGGAGAAGCUGCAGGCGGCGGCGCCGGCGCCCGCGGACGAGCUCGCCAAGCUCCUCGAGAAAGCUGCGGAAUGCUUACAUGGAAUAGAGCAGUCGCCAGGGUCCUCGGUAAUGGAAGCUCUUCAACCCAGUUUAAAGGCUUUCACCAGAGAAGAAUUUCUGAAGCAUGAAGAUGAAGAUAUCAAAGUUCUAUUGGCAACCUGCUUCUGUGAAAUUACAAGAAUAACUGCACCUGAUGCUCCCUACGACGAUGAUGUUCUAAGGGACAUAUUCUAUCUAAUUGUAGGUACAUUUCGUGGGCUCAGUGAUGUUAAUAGUCAAACCUUUGGCAGGAGAGUUGCUAUUCUCGAAACAGUUGCUAGAUACCGAGCAUGUGUUGUGAUGUUAGAUCUUGAAUGCGACUAUCUUAUCACAGACAUGUUUCGAACGUUCUUAGAAGUUGUCAGUGACAGUCAUGAAGAAAAAAUUGUAAAGUCAAUGCAGACAAUAAUGACCCUUAUUGUAGAUGAGAGUGAAGAUAUACAGGAGAGUCUUCUACAUGUGCUGUUGUCAGCACUGGGGCAGAAGAAAACUGGUGCUGCAAUGUCUGGGCGUAAGCUUGCUCGCAGUGUCAUCAAGCAUUCUGCAGGAAAACUUGAACCAUACAUAAAGAAGUUUCUGACAUCUUCAUGGGCUGGGGAUGGCAGUUCUUCGAAUGAUCAAAUUGACCACCACGGAAUCAUAUUUGACAUUUAUCAGUGUGCUCCGAAGGUUCUUAAGGUGGUUGUGCCUUAUAUUACUGGGGAACUGCUGGCAGAUGAAGUAGAUAUUCGGUCUAAGUCAGUUGAAUUACUUGGGGAAAUUUUUUCUUUACCUGGAGCCCCUAUUGUGGAAUAUUUCAAAACUCUCUUCUCUGAGUUUCUGAAGAGGCUGACUGAUAGAAUAGUUGAAAUCCGUAUUUCUAUGGUUGAGCAUUUGAAGAGAUGUCUAAUAUCAAAUCCUUCCCGACCUGAAGCUCCUGAAAUUCUCAAGGCACUUUGUGACAGAUUGCUUGAUUAUGAAGAAAAUGUGCGAAAGGGAGUGGUGGCUGCACUUUGUGAUGUAGCUUGCCAUUCACCUGAUGCAAUUCCAAUUGACACAAUUAAAGUAGUAGCGGAGCGUGUUCGCGAUAAAUCGGUGGCUGUGAAGUGCUAUGCCAUGGAGAGGUUGGCAGAUAUUUAUAAGCUAUAUUGCCAGAGGGGUUCUGAUAGCUAUUCUGAUGAUUUUGAGUGGAUACCUGGAAAAAUAUUAAGAUGUAUUUAUGACAAAGAUUUUAGGUCAGAGUCAAUCGAAUCCAUUUUGUGUGCUUCCUUGUUCCCACCGGAGUUUCCAACGAAGGGAAGAGUGAAACAUUGGGUUACAGCUGUGACGCACUUUGAUAAAGUUGAGAUGAAAGCUCUUGAAUCGAUUCUUCUGCAAAAGCAAAGACUGCAACAAGAAAUGCUGAAAUACAUGUCACUUCGGCAACUAAGCCAGGAAGAUGCCCCUGAUCUGCAAAAAAGAAUCGUUGGAUGUUUCCGGAGCAUGUCUCGCUCAUUCAGUGACCCUGCAAAGUGUGAGGAGAACUUGAACAUGCUUCAUCAGCUAAAAGAUGACAAUAUCUGGAAAUUAUUCACUAACCUGCUUGAUUGCUCAACUUCAUUCGAGAAAGCUUGGUCUCUUCGGGCAGACUUGCUUAAGAUACUUGGUGAAAAACAUGCGCUUUAUGAUUUUGUGGCCACAUUAGCAAUGAGAUGUUCAUAUUUACUUGUAAACAAGGAGUAUGCCAAAGAGAUCCUGUCAGAAGCUUCUGAACAGAAGACUUCUGGGAAUACAAAGCUCAUCUCAGCAUGCAUGGAUCUUCUAACGGCAAUUUCUAGUUUCUUUCCAUCACUUUUGUCUGGACUUGAAGAAGACAUUGUUGAACUCCUGAAGGAGGAUAAUGAAGUGCUUAAAGAGGGUAUUGCUCACGUCUUAUCGAAGGCUGGUGGCAAUAUUCGGGAACAGCUAGCCUCAUCAAGUACCCUUGAUCUUCUAUUAGAGCGUUUAUGCUUAGAGGGCACAAGGAGACAAGCUAAAUACUCUGUUCAUGCACUUGCUGCAAUUACAAAAGAUGAUGGUCUUAUGUCCCUAUCUGUUCUUUACAAGAGGCUUGUGGAUUUGUUGGAAGAGAAGAAAGUGCAUUUACCAUCUAUAUUGCAAUCUUUGGGGUGUAUAGCUCAGAUAUCCAUGCCAAUUUUUGAAACGCGGGAAGAAGAGAUAAUAAGUUUCAUAAUUACAAAAAUUCUUGAGUGCAAUGAUGUAAGACCUUUUCUUUUUGAAUUCUCAGUUCUAUUCUAUCUUUUAUACCAUUGUCAUCACAAUUCCAAGUUUCAGCAGGAUAUGGUUGAAAAUUCUGCUCAUAAAUCUGAAUGGGGUGAUAGUACACAGAAUUGCUUGCUGAAGAUUUAUGGCAUCAAAACUUUGGUGAAGAGCUAUCUACCUUGCAAAGAUGCUCAUGCACACCCAGGAAUAGAAAAGUUAUUUGAUAUUCUGAAGAAUAUUCUUACCUAUGGUGAUAUUUCUCCAAAUAUGGUCUCAAGUGCUGCUGAUAAGGCCCAUUUGAGGCUUGCCGCAGCGAAAGCUGUUCUCCGCUUAUCAAGACAAUGGGACCACAAAGUACCUGUUGAUGUAUUUUAUUUGACUCUGAGGAUUUCACAGGAUGAUUUUCCUCAGAUGAGGAAAUUAUUUCUUUGUAAAGUACAUCAAUAUAUCAAGGAGAGGGCAUUGGAUGCAAAAUAUGCUUGUGCCUUCUUGUUUGGCGUUAACGAUUAUCAUGCCCCUCAGUACGAAGAGUUCAAGCACAAUCUGAUUGAAGUGGUUCAGAUAUGCCAACAAGUUAAGAUGCGCCAACUUUCGGUCCAAGCAGAUAUGAAUUUGCUGACGGCUUACCCAGAAUAUAUAAUUUCCUUUUUGGUUCAUGGCCUUGCUCAUGAUCCUUCAUCCCCAGACAUUGAGGAUCAUGAGAAUGUCAAAGCAUUUGGUCCAAUCUACUGGCGGUUGCAUCUGAUUCUUUCAAUUCUCCUGGGAGAAGAGGGUUUGCAACACAGUGUUCCAAGCAUGAAAAAGGAGAGCUUCACUACAAUAAUAUCUAUAUUCAAAAGCAUCAAAUGUUCACAAGAUGUGGUUGAUGGAAAUAAGACGAAGACUCUGCAUGCUAUAUGUGAUCUUGGUUUCCUUAUUGCAAAGAGGUUAUGGAACGAUCAAACAAAUUUAUCAGAUGCUCAAACGGUCCCAUUGCCUUCUCAACUUUACAUGCCACUUCAGGAUGACCAAAAUGAAAGUUCUGUGGAGAAGAGUGAUGAGAAGAUGUGGUUGGGAUGUGAGAAAGUACUGGCGCAUUUCGAGGAUGUAAUGACAGCAAACAUUGAUAAGGUCAAAUCUCCCAAACAUAAGAUGCUUAUUGACGAGACUGAUGAAUUUGGAAAUGAAGUACCACUUGGGAAAAUUGUUAAACUUCUUAAAUUGCAAGGAGAAAAGAAGACGGGAAGAAAGCAGAAGACGUCAUCUAGCUCAGUAAAUACUGGCAAUGUUGAUGAUGUCCUGGGUUUAGUAAGAGAAAUUAACUUGGACAACCAAGGAGAUUUGGGGGAAUCGCAAAAGAGUAAGCCUAAGAAGCGUCAGACUGAGACAAAUGAGACUAAUGAGAAGCCACUUGAUUUUUCUUCACCUAAACGCAAAAGAUCAAUUUCUAACAAUAGACCACAUUCAGCAAAAGGUAGUAAAAAUAGUGAUGAACAUCUAUUGCAUACUCCAAGCAAAGAUAGGACUUAUACCUCAUUGGAAACUAAGUUAAAGGAGAAGAAAGACAGGCAUGAUUCAACUGAUACAGGGCUGCUAGUAUCUCCUACUAGUAAAACCCCUGUAUCUAAAGUAAAUAAGGGUGCUAAGAAAUCCCAUACUGACAUUUUAAAUAGUGGUCCAAAGAAGUCUGCUGAUGCAGACAGUACUAAAAGAACUGUUGAACCAAGAAGUCUAAAUGGGUCACUCAAAAGGCAGAAACCAAAACCGAUUUCUGGUUUAGUAAAGUGCUCAACGCACGACUCAAGCAGCACAGACUUGGUAGGACACCGAAUAAAAGUUUGGUGGCCAUUGGAUAAGAGAUUUUAUGGAGGUGUUGUGCAAUCAUACGAUUCAUCCAAGAAAAAACAUACGGUGCUAUACGAUGAUGGAGAUGUUGAAGUGCUUAACUUGUCUAAAGAGAAAUGGAUGCCUAUUGAAAGUAAUGAUUCAUCAGUGAAGAACCAAAAGAAAGAUCAUCUUUUGACAAACCAAGGAAGAGCACAGGAGAGAACAACUAGCAGCAGCAAGUCUUCGCCUAGCCAACAGAAGUCAAAAAAGAGGUCCUUACCUCCAAAGAGGAAAGGGCAGCCAAAGAACAAACGAAGAAAGACUGCAGGAGGGAACAAGUCUGUUGAAGCGAGAAGUGGAGCUGGUGGUAACGAUUCAGAUUCAUCCAGUUCCCUUGCUCGCUCAGAUGUUGAUAAAGAUGUAAACUCAGAUGCCCAAAUGGAGGAAGAAGUAGUAAUUAGCUCAGCUAAGAAAGAGAAGGCCAGGAAAGACUCCAAAGAUGUGGAAAUAAAAGAGAAGGUGCAGAAGGGGUCCAAAGAUGUGGAGAUGAAAGAGAGGGCAGGGAAGGAUACCAAAGAUGUGGAAACAGAAGUGAAGGCAGGGAAGGAGUCCAAAGAUGUGGGAAUGAAAGAGAAGGCAGGGAAGGACUCCAAAAAUGUAAAAACAAAAGAGUCCAAAGAUGUGGAAGGGAAAGAGAAGGCAGGGAAGGACUCAAAAGAUGUAAAAAUGAAAGAGAAGGCAGCAAAAGAGUCGGAAGAUGUGGAAGUGAAUGAGAAGGCAGGGAAGGACUCGAAUGAUGUGGAAAUGAAAGAGAAGGCUGGAAAAGAGUCCAAAGAUGUAAAAAUGAAGCAAAAGGCAGGGAAAGAGUCCAAAGAGGCGGAAAAGCAGGAUGAGCAUAGUUUGAGCAGCAAGGAGGAAUCAGACAAUGAAACCCUCAGCGUGUGGAAAAAACGCACAGCAAAAGCAACAUAGUCUUGCUUUCUCAGCUGACCAUUCAUAGUAGGACGCAGUUCGGGAAUGUGGAUAUCUCAUUGAUUGACCCUUCGCAAUUGACAGUUGUAAUGUAGAAAAUGUUCGUUUCAAUAGCAACACGUUAGUAUAGAAGAACAGUGGAAUAGAAUUUGCUUGUAAUGUUAUUAGAUGCGGGCACUUGUUUGCCCAUUAAGCUGUGGCAUGGCAUCCUUGGGUUCCGUCUUGUAAAACCUUGAGAGGAGAGGGUAAGAGGCUCUGUAACAUAUCUGUUGGUUCUUUUGCAGGAGAAGAUGGUGCUUUGUUGUUGAACUCGUGUAGAAAUGUUGUAGGCAAUAAACUAGUGGCUCGUGUUGUAUAACUAGCUGUGGGCAUCCAAUUUUUGGCACCCUUUCUAAAGAACCGUACUUUGGAUGUAGAAUCUGGUAGUA